GAGGACAGACAGAAAGAAGGAGACAGAGGGAGAGACGAGGAGGAAAAGAGGCGCUGCGCUGCAGGACAAAGGACAGACAGACAGACAGACAGACAGACAGGCGGAAGGACCGGCAGACAGACAGGCAGGCGGCAGACGGACGGACCGACGCGGGAGGAUGGGCCGGCGGAGCGGCCGUCGGUAGCUCUGUGUUCGGGGUCGGAGCUCCAGGAUGAGCGUAGCGCUGCAGGACCUCCGGAACACCAUGUCCAGCUAUAAACGAGCUACGUUGGAGGAGGAGGAGGUGUCGGAUGCUCCAGCAGAGGUGGCCUCGUCUCCGGACAGAGUGGAGGUGGGCUUCCGUAAAGGUGGCGUGGACAUUCUGGGCAGGAGGACUCAGCUGGAGGUUCUGCUGUCGGUUCUGCUCAUGGCUGCUCUUCUGGCUCUGCUGGCCUGUCUCCUGGUUCUGGGACUGGGAUACAGCUCAGAUGGUGGGCGGGGCCUGUGCCUGUCGGAAGCCUGCGUCACUGUAGCGAGUCAGAUGGUGGAGGCGAUGGACCGCGGCGCUGACCCCUGUCAGGACUUCUACCAGUUCGCCUGCGGAGGCUGGAUGAGGAAGAACCCGCUGCCGGACGGACGGUCCCGCUGGUCCACCUUCAACAGCAUCUGGGAGCAGAACCAGGCGCUGCUCAAACACCUGCUGGAGAACGGGACGUUUAACGGCAGCAGCGAAGCCGAGAGGAAGACCCAGUCGUACUACCUGUCCUGUCUGAACACCCAGAGGAUCGAAGAACUGGGAGCACAGCCCCUCAUCGACCUCAUCGCCAAGAUCGGUGGGUGGAACAUGACCGGACCCUGGGACAAAGACAACUUCAUGGAAGUUCUGAAGACGGUGUCUGGACCGUACCGAUCCCAGCCCUUCUUCAGCGUUGGAGUCAGCGCCGACCCAAAGAACUCCAACAGCAACGUGAUCCAGGUGGACCAAUCCGGUCUCUUUCUGCCGUCCCGGGACUAUUACCUCAACAAGACAGCCAAUGAGAAGGUCCUGGUGGCCUACCUGGAUUACAUGGUGGAGCUGGGGAUGCUGCUGGGUGGAGAGAGGACCUCCACCCAGGUCCAGAUGCAGCAGAUCCUGGAGUUUGAGACGGCGCUCGCCAACAUCACUGUCCCACAAGACCAACGGCGAGACGAGGAGAAGAUCUACCACAAAGUGACCAUCUCUGAGCUCCAGGGGCUGGCUCCAGCAGUGGACUGGGUGGACUACCUGUCGUCCUCUCUGUCUCCCCUAGAACUGAAUGACAGUGAACCAGUCGUCCUCUAUGCCAGAGAAUACCUGCAGCAGGUGUCUGAGCUGAUCAACAAGACGGACCGCAGUUUGUUGAAUAACUACAUGAUGUGGACGUUGGUUCAGAAGAGCGUCGCCAGUUUGGACCAACGAUUUGAAAACGCUCAGGACAAACUGCUGGAGAGUCUGUACGGCACCAAGAAGUCCUGCACCCCCCGGUGGCAGACCUGCAUCGGAAACACAGAUGACACGCUGGGCUUCGCUCUCGGAGCACUGUUUGUCAAGGCCACAUUCGACAAACACAGCAAAGAGAUUGCUGAGGAGAUGAUCAAUGAGAUCCGGUCUGCAUUUAAAGCAGCUCUGGACCGACUGAACUGGAUGGACGACCAGACCAGACAGGCUGCCAAAGACAAGGCAGAUGCGAUCUACGAUAUGAUCGGUUUCCCUGAAUUCAUCCUGGAUCCCAAAGAGCUGGAUGAUGUCUAUGAUGGGUACGAAGUGUCUGAUGACAGCUUCUUCCAAAACAUGUUGAACUUCUACAACUUCUCUGCCCGAGUGAUGGCCGACCAGCUGAGGAAGACCCCCAACAAAGACCAGUGGAGUAUGACUCCUCCCACUGUUAACGCCUACUACAUGCCCACUAAGAACGGCAUCGUCUUCCCUGCUGGAAUCCUUCAGGCUCCGUUCUACGCCCAAGACCAUCCCAAGGCGUUGAACUUCGGUGGGAUCGGGGUGGUGAUGGGUCAUGAACUGACUCACGCCUUCGAUGACCAGGGUCGGGAGUACGAUAAGGAGGGGAACCUGAGGCCGUGGUGGCAGAACUCAUCGGUGGAGGCCUUUCGACAGAGGACCGAGUGUAUGAUGGACCAGUACAGCCAGUACACCGUUAAUGGAGAACACGUCAACGGAAAGCAGACACUUGGAGAAAACAUCGCUGAUAACGGAGGUCUAAAGGCCGCCUACAACGCCUACCGGUCCUGGGUUCAGAAGAACGGAGAUGAAAAAAGACUUCCUGCUGUGAAUCUGACCAAUGACCAGCUCUUCUUUGUGGGGUUUGCCCAGGUGUGGUGUUCAGUUCGGACCCCGGAGAGCGCUCAUGAGGGUCUGGUGACAGACCCCCACAGUCCGCCACGCUACCGGGUCAUCGGGACGCUCGCCAACUCUAUGGACUUCAGUCGCCACUUCAACUGUCCUGUAGGGACGCCCAUGAACAGCGGGAAGCGCUGUGAGGUCUGGUAGACCGACUGGACUGGACCAUUGGGACCGGGAGGGGCUAGAGGGGGUGGGGCCAAUGGAUGGACAGCCGCAUGGGAGCGGGACCAAUGAAUGAACAGACAGGUCCGGUGGUUAACGGGCGGAGACGCUCUGUUGACCACAGAUGGACUCAUUAGUGUCUUAAUCUGAAGCUCAGUGUCCUGCAGGUUCGUGUGCAGUUCGUGUGCAGGCCGUGAACUGGGAUCCGUCUGCUGGUUUCAGGUCUGCUGUGUGUGCACUUAGGUUCUACAACUGAAUGAUAUCAUCUGACAAGCUGUAAAUAAAAUAUUCCACGUUGA